UACUUAUUUUGUUCCACUGCUAGAUUAAUUAAAUUACAGUUUUGUUACACAUUGGUAUCAAUAUGGGCUGUUGUUCUGGAAUCAUUAAGUACCUGCUGUUUCUGUUUAACGUCCUCUUCUGGAUUGCAGGUGGUGCAGUUCUUGGCAUUGGUAUUUACUUGUUAGUAGCAAACAAUGUUCAAGCUGUUGUACAAGUCGCUGGUAUCCAGUUUUACUACGCAGGAUGUUACGUUCUUAUCUCUGUGGGUUGUGUUAUGUUCGUGGUCGGUUUCUUUGGAUGUUGUGGAGCUAUUAAGGAAAACAAAUGUCUUCUCGGCACGUAUUUUACUUGCUUGCUGAUCAUUUUCCUCGCUCAAGUCGGUAUUGGCAUAUGGGCUCUCGUGUCGCAAUCAUCGAUUGAAACCGAAAUUAAGAAAGGCUUGAACUCCACAUUACCACUGGACUACAGCAAAAGUGACGCUUAUGCCAACACCGUUGUUGCUGUUCAACAGAGCUUCAAAUGUUGUGGAUUGGUCACCGGUUGUACGGAUUGGAUUGGAGGAAACACCACCGGUUGUUCGUGCACCCCUGUUAUCACCAACAGCACUGUGUGUGCAGUGCCAUCUAGCGGAACUUGUAUAAAUGGUGACACGCCGGGAGGUGCUAUCUACACCUCGGAUUGUUACGAUGCCAUUAUAAAGUUCAUCAACGACAACAUAUACUUGAUAGCAGGGAUUGGGCUUGGCAUUGGUUUGGCUGAGAUAUUCGGGAUGAUAUUCGCCUUGGUAAUGUGUAGGUCGGAAAAAAGCGGUUACGAAACAUAUUAAGAGAUGGAAGCUACCAAAUGAAUGAACAUUUAGUUCACAAUGGUGGCAAAAAAAACUACAUUUGCACAUCACCAGCUAUAUAUAUAUAAUGUACCACCUAACAUAUACGAAGCAAUCUUAUAUUUCAGUGCCUUUUAAUUCGGCCAAGUAAUCAUGUUCAUAAUUUUUAAUUAUCAUCAAUUUAUUACAACAUUUUACUCCUCGAAAA